AGAUUGACAAUUACUUGCAAGCUUGUGACGUUUCGACGUGUGGAGGAUAAAAUAGGAAAACAAAAUGAGAGACAUGCGCAUUCUUUUUAUUGCCUGUAUCAGUUUUGGGACAGUUCAAUUCACCUACAGCACGAAAGAUCCACUUGUAACAGAUUUGGUGUAUUUCGAUGUUACCAUUGGCAAAGAAGAAGCGGGAAGGAUAGUGUUUGGUCUUUUUGGAAAAGUUGUUCCAAAGACAGCUGAAAAUUUUUUACGACUAGCAGUUCAUGACAAAGGAUACGGAUAUACUGGUAGCAGAUUUACUAAAAUUCAUAAGACGUACAGUAUCAUUGGUGGAUCUUUUACUCAUGGAGAUACCAAAGGAGGAAUUAGUUGGUUUGGUGCUCCAUUUGAAUGUGAAAAUUAUGAUCUACGCCAUUAUGGCCCUGGCUGGGUCAGUAUGGCAAGUGUCGGUAGAGGCGAUCUGGGAUCACAAUUUCAUAUCAUUACUGAAGAACUUUACGGAAUGAGAGCAUGGUUUGAUAAAAGAUACGUUGUUUUUGCAGCAGUUGUGUACGGUAUGGAUUUAGUUCUCAAAAUAGAAAAUAUGGAAACGUAUGGCAUGAUUCCCACUACACCAGUCGUUGUAAAGAAAUCUGGAACUUUAAAACUUGAAAAGCCCUUUAGAGUUGAAAGAGAAUAUAUUACAGACGAUAUCGUUUCGUGGCUAGGGGAGAAAUUAUGGGAUAACUAAAAAUAAAUUACAACACUAAAUUGUCUCGGGGCU